UUUUGUUUUCAGUCUCAUAGCCAUAUUCAUAAUCCAAAAUGGAAUUUUGAAUUUUUUAUCUUUUAUCUCAUAAAACUCAUAAGCAUACGUCUGUUGGUGUUGGCACUUCAGCUCUUAAACAAUUAAGGUGACCGGUGAAUCAGAAAAUUAUCAUUGGAUAAAUUAGAAGUUAUGAAUUUCGGAGACUGCAAUGAAUUCUCGUUCUCUAAUGAAGACUUUGUAUUUCAAACUAAAAUUGGAAACAAAUCAAAAAUAAACACACACAUUGGUAGGAAUCUUAAGCAAUUUUUUGCCUAUGCUAGUUCUGGGAAAGCUAGCGUCAAGUAGGUCAACUGUUCGACAAAGAACUGGAAUCAUCUUGGCAAGUAAAAAUGGAUAAUGGUUAUUUUAGAUACAAACUUGGAGAUCUUAAAACAAGGCAUCUUCCUGGAAAGUACAAUUUUGUUGCUCAGCUAAACAUUAAAAGAGCAGUCGAAAGAAGAAAGCCUGAUUUUAUUACUGAUGUUAUCAUGCCUUUUGAUCCAAAUUGUUUCAAUUUUACAAAAAUAUCCAACAAUGAAAUACUAUUCAGUAUUGUGUCCCAACAUCAAAUGCAAGAAAUAUCAACACUCAACAUAAAGUUAAAAACAAAUGUCCUGGCUAUAAAUGUAAGCCCGCUUGAAUACUGCAAUAGUUUGCUUGUUCCAGGUAUUGAAGAAUGUUAUCCUCAGGUUAUAAACUUUGAUGGACUAAAACUUGCUGUAGAAACUAUGCUCAUCAGUGCUAAUCCUGCUUUAAGAAUAGGUUUUAAUAGUUUGGGAGGAUACGCAUCUGUGAACCACUUCCACUUUCACCUCUAUUAUUUAAAAUCCAUUCUUUUUAUAGAGCAUGCUAAAGUGGAACAUUUGAUGGGAAACUGUCAUGUGUUGAAAUGUUUUCCAGCUAAUGGUUUUGUUUUUGAAAUUUUGAAAAAUGAAGAUAUUGGAUUAAUUGUUGGAUCAGUACUCAAGUUAAUAAAUUUUUUACUGGAAAGGAAGAUUUCACACAAUAUCUUCAUAACAAGGGGAAGUUCUUUCAAACAUGAUGAUGUAGGAACAUCAGAUAUUUAUGAUGCAGUGAGAAUAUACAUUUGGGCAAGGAAAUCAGUAUUUGGUUCAAAGUAUGAUAAAAGAUUUAAUCCAGCUCUCUGUGAAUUAGGAGGGCAUCUAGUUAUAAAAGGCCGCCUGCAGAUAAUGCGCAGGAAAAUACGGUAUAUACACAACAUAAGAGCUUUACUUCCAAGCAUGAUAAAAGCAUCAUAUUAUGAUACAGUAACAGAAAAUGAUGCUGCUGCAGUGUUACAAGAUGCAUGUCAAGAAACAUUUGAUAAAAUUCUAGAAGAUGUAAAGCUGCUGUAUUCAUGAAUUAGUAUGAUCUAACACCUUA